UUGGCUUUUCGUUGAGCCAUCAAAUUGCAUCUGCUGAAUCAGCGGAUAGCACGGCAUGCGCGGUACUUCAAUAUGAUCGAGCUCAUCGCAUCACAAGUGUUGAACGCUGAGUUCCUCAACGUGAACGGUCUCCAGAGAGAUGUGUCCCUCCAGGACCUUCGGCGCCACGUCCUCCACCCGCACCUCCGGCGUGCCAGGCGUGCCAAGGUUGGAAGACUUGCUGCCGCCUGCCUCCGUGCGCUGCCUGGACGAAUAUGUCGAACAGAUGUACGAGGAGCAGAUGGAGAUGAAGGUUCAGGGUGCGCAGAAGUUGUUGAGACUCUGCACUGAGGUCGACGUGCUUGAGCAGAUCACAGAGCACUCAUCGCUUCUAGGGGUUUUGAGUCGCGAGCUUCGAGAGAACGCCAAGAGGUCCUAUGAGCUGGCAGUCGCCAUCACAGGCAUUUUCCUGAUCCUUGCAAACUUCUCCUGCUUUCACUCUGCCCUCUCAAAGUACCAGUGCGGCGAGAUCACCAUGCGAGUCCUGGAGUACGAAAGUAAGCGUCGCAAUGUCCUCAAGAAGGACUUGGAGGCUUCCCAGGAACAGAUAGUUUCCCAGGACUCGAAGGUCUCCGGCGAAAAGCGAGCUGAACUGCAGCGGCAGGAGGAUAGAUGCCGUGCUUUGCUAGACCGCCAGGAUCAUUUGCUGCAGAUCUGCAUUUUGGUUCUUCGGGCGUUGUCAGAGGACACGGUCGAGGAGCUCAAGCUAGUGAAGCAAAAGCUUUGCAAGCGGCUGACGCCGCUUUUGAGCCGACAGCAUGAGGACUUGCUUUGGAGCACCUUGAGCAUGAUUCACAAGUUGUCUAUCUUUGAGCAGAACAAGGACCAGAUCAUGGGCGAGUUGCCACGGCUGGUGGAACUCUUGGGCCACCCGGCCUCAGAGGUAUUCAGCAUGGCCUUGCGCACGUGUUACAAUUUCUCCUUCGACGCCAAAGGCCGCGCUGCUUUAGCGCAGAGCGCGGUGAUCCCGCGCCUGGUGUACGGAGCGCAGAACGCUGGCACCCGCAAGGUAGCUCUCAAGGUGCUGUACCACCUGACCCUGGAUCCACCAGUGAGGUCCGCCAUGAUCAGCAAACACCCCACAGUACCAGCUUUGGCAAUGCAGCUGGCUCGGAGCAAGGAGCAGGAGCCGGAGGCGGUAGCCCUGUUGGUGAACUUGGCCGCUGACGAGGCCGCUGCUUGUCUCCUCCUGGCGGAAGAAUCCUUCGUGGCCGUAGCGCUGCGUGCUAUCAAGCACAAGCAGCCCACUGUGCUCAAGGUCAUUCGCAACAUUGCCAGCCACAAAGCCAGCCGAUCCAUUCUGCUAGACGUGAUGGGAGGCGAUGCUUGGCUGCUGGAGAUGGUGAAGCUCAUUCAGACGACAGCUGACAGGCAUGAUGUGCUCGUGGAAGCGCUGGGCAUCUUGGCGGGCCUUGAUUUCCCGAGCCCCGAGGUGCCGUGGCCAGAACUCUGUGAAGCGGGUCUGCUGGAGGUUCUGCCCAGGCUGCUGAUGGUGGGCUUUGCGGAGGAUGACGUCGUCUUGGAGGCGGUGAUGAUCUUGAGCAUAUUGGCGUUGGACACACCCUGCACGGCAUUGCUCCGCAGCUCCCAGGUGAUUGGUCGACUUCCUGAUCUUCUAGCAAAGCCGGACAGCGACCUUUUGGUGCAGGUCCUCUUCUUGAUGCGGUGCCUCCUCAUGUCUGAUGAGACACGGGACGCUGUCCUACACAGUGAUGCCAUCGGCUGUGUCACGGACUUGCUGCAUUCAGAGGUCAAGGACGCAGCCCUGGAGUUGCUGGACGUGGUCGUGGCAGUGGAAUCGCUUGAGCCGGGCACCUGGACGCAGCGUGUCCAGGAGGCCAAGUUCAUGCUGCACAACGAAGAGUGGCUCAAUGGUGAACCCAAGGAGUCCAAAGAAGCCAAGGGCCGUCGCAAGGAGGAGAAGAGAUCGCCAUCGAUGGAAGCAUCGAAGCGCAGCACAAUGAGCUCCACAGGUCCUGCACGUUGGGGCGAUGAAUCCCGGGAAGACAAAAGAAGCAGGAGGAAGCAUCGCGGAAAGUGAGAUGAUCUGCUCUUCCAGGAGCGGCCACUUUGGAUUACUGCACGCAGUCAGCUUCGAAGCUUGCUUGAUCUUGACGUCUUUAAGGAAACUUAGAACGGUCCGGACUGAUCUGGGCUUUGUAUUUGCCAAGAGUCUUCUACUUGCUCAAUGAGCCAUCGUCCAAAGGGCGUGACCUUUGCGAGCUUGUGUUCUGGCGGUAUUUGUUUUUGAAGAUCUGAAACAGAUCUUUGCGAGUGAAACGAAACGUUUCACAUAUCCAUGUCCUAGCACGAGGCGCAUGCUGAGUCACUGAACGAUUCGAUACCGGGCCCGUGUGGGAUGGCUUCGUCAAAGCCAGCAGUGCUCUCAGGUCACAAUGGUGACGCGGAAGUUGCACGCGUUUCAUCCGGAUUUCCGGUUGCCGACUCGGGUUC